AUGAGCACUCUAUCCUCAGUGAACAUCACCAUCCUCGGCAGCGCGUCUGCCCAACCCUCAUCUACUCGGAACCACUCUGCGCUGGCUCUGCGCUUGGACGGAGAUGUCUGGCUCUUCGACUGCGGCGAGGCGACCCAGCACCAGAUCCAGAAGAGCUCCGUGAAGAUAGGCAAGGUGCAGAAGAUCUUCAUCACCCACACACACGGCGACCACAUCUUCGGCCUGCUCCCGGUGCUCGCGAUGCGCCUGAACGGCGCGGGAGGCACGGUCGACAGCGAAGACCCGCGCGCAACGACCGCGCCCUCGGAGGAUGUCCCACCUCUGGAAAUCUACGGCCCCCUGGGCACGCGCGCAUACGUCCGCACCGGCCUCACGUACACGCACACCCUCCUCGGCGCGCCCUACGUCGUGCACGAGCUCCGCCUGCCCACCGACCCCGCGGACGGCGACCACACCGCCCUGCCCCCGCACCCGCACGAGCGCCCCGGGCGCGACAUCCUACAGGCCGCAGACCGGACGUGGCCCGCGAUCUUCGCGGGCGCGCUCGUCAGCGUGUCCGCCGCCCCGAUCCUGCACUCCGUCCCGUGCGUGGGGUACGUCGUCGCCGAGCGGCCCGUCCCGGGCAAGAUGGACCCCGCGCGGUACCUCCCGGACCUCAAGCGGACGGGCACGCCCAUGUCCGCGAUGCGCAGGCUGCAGCAGGGCGAGAGCGUCGCGCUUGCGGACGGGACGGUGCUGCGCGGGCCUGCGCGCAAGCCGGGGCGGAAGAUCGUGAUACUGGGGGACACGCACGACCCGUCGCCGAUCGCGGGGCUCGCGGCGGACGCGUGUGUGCUCGUGCACGAGGCGACGAACGCGCACCUGCCCGGGGUGGACCCGGACACGAAGGCGGGGGAGACGUACGAGAGCGUGGAGGCGCGCGCGAGGUCGAGGGGGCACUCGACGCCGCAGAUGGCGGGGGCGUUUGCGAGAAGGGUGCGGGCGCGGAAGCUGGUGCUCAAUCACUUUUCGGCGAGGUAUGCGGGGAACGACGACGUGGACGAGGAGGCGAGGAGGGUUAUGGGUGCGAUACGGGAGCUUGCGGAGAGCACGUACGGAGGGGAAGUUGUCUGUGCAAGGGACUUAAUGAGCUUUGACGUCGGGCCUAGGAAGGAGUGACCGAGAGAGCGAUAGCAAUACAGAAAGCCCAUGUGUAUGUACAGUAGCGGAACAACGACAAUGUUGUAUAGAUCAGCGACUAGUCAUCUGGUGGCUCCGAGAGCUCGCUGC